GGCUCCGUUUCCAUAGCAACUUUUUUGACAACAGUAAACUAACUCAUCAGAAAGGGCACAAUAAAGUUCAUUCCUGCUUAGGAAAUUCGGCUUUGCAUUUGUGCGUCAAUACAGUUAGAGUGUAAAGAUUGAGUUAAAUAACCAGGCCAUGGGAAGAGACUAUUACGCUGUUUUGGAAAUAAACCGCAACGCCACUGAUGCUGACAUAAAGAAGGCCUACCGGCGGCUCGCGCUGAAGCAUCACCCGCGCAGCAGCAGCCACGCUCGCGGCGCCGAGCGCUUCACUCUGCUCGCGGAGGCGUAUGACGUGCUAAGCGAACCACGUAAAAAGGCCACAUAUGAUAAGUUUGGAGAGGAGGGUUUAAAAGGAGGGAUCCCGUCUGAGCUGGGAGUGAAUGGCGCCUGGUCAUCGGGAUAUGUGUACCAUGGAAAUGCCGAUGAAACAUUCAGACAGUUUUUUGGAGGAGAUAAUCCUUUUGCAGAUUUUUUCACCAAUGAUGGCAGUGAGGACAACACAGCUCUUAAGAGCUUGCGUGGACAAAAAGAAAAGCUACAGGAUCCACCAAUAGAGAGAGACCUUCACCUCGCCUUGGAGGACCUUUUUUAUGGAUGCACUAAAAAAAUUAAGAUAUCCCGUAGGGUCAUGAAUGAAGAUGGACACACAUCCAGCAUCAGGGAUAAAAUUUUAACCUUCACUGUAAAAGCAGGAUGGAAUGAAGGGACGCGGAUCACAUUUCCAAAAGAGGGAGACCAGGGACCAAACAACAUCCCAGCAGAUAUUGUUUUUGUCAUACGCCAAAAGCAUCAUCCACGCUUUGUUCGCCAAAAUGAUGAUCUGUACUACACAGCACACAUUUCUCUUGAGAAGGCUUUGACUGGUUUCUCAGUAGAAGUUGAGACACUAGAUGGCAGGCUUCUCAACAUCCCCAUCAAUGACAUUGUGCACCCUCAGUACACCAAAAUUGUGACUGGGGAAGGAAUGCCACUAGCCAACAACCAGUCCAAGAGAGGGGACCUGAUCAUGCGCUUCAUUACACAAUUCCCAGAGAAGCUCUCACCUGAGAAGAAAAGGCUUUUAAAACAAGCCCUCUCAUCCAAACUCAUUCAGGCAUCUUAAAGUCCAGUCGGUCAUGAAUACAAACAUUAAAUACGUUUCAACUCAAAAUACUUUAAUUUGAAAUUGGUGUUGAGGGACUCAUUUUUAGCACAAGAAAGUCACAAGAGUAAAAUUCAAAAAUCAAGUUUAAUGGACAUGUAAACAGUUCUUACCGAAAACCUU